GUCGACUGCGCGCAACGAAAAGCAAAGAUGAUUCAAUUUGUGCUGAUGUUCAGCCGGCAGGGCAAGCUGCGCAUGCAGAAGUGGUACGGGGCGGCAUCACAAAAAGAGAAGAAGAAGGUCACACGUGAGCUCAUCACGCUCAUCUUGGCGAGGAAGACAAAGAUGUCAAACUUCCUCGAGUGGAAGGACAUGAAAAUCGUGUACAAAAGAUAUGCCAGUUUGUACUUUGCGUUUGCAGUGGGCAACGACGACAACGAGUUGAUGGCGCUUGAGCUGAUCCAUCGCUAUGUCGAGCUCCUGGACAAAUACUUUGGCAGCGUGUGCGAACUGGAUAUCAUCUUCAACUUUGACAAGGCAUACUACAUCCUGGACGAGCUGCUGCUUGGCGGGGAGGUACAGGAAUCAAGCAAAAAGGCGGUACUCCGGGCGGUGACGAGCCACGACAUCUUGGAGGAGCACGGCGAGGCCGGUCGCGCUGCCCUUGAGGACAUUGGCGUGCUCUGAUGCGGCCGUUUGCUUUCAUGGCGCUGGUGGUGGUGGUGGUGUGCUCGUGCUUCUGUGUGUGUGGGUUGAUACUGAGUGGCGUGUUGUGUUGUUUGCGCCACUGAUUGUGCGAUUUGAUGUGUGCGUGUUUUUUUUUCUUUUGUAGUUUGUUGUGGAACAUAGUCCCUUCUCCUUCUCGUCAUCGUUGUUGCUGUUGGGUCAUGUUGCGCUCGAGCACCUUGUCUUCGUGUGCUUGUCCGAGGUACCCUGUAUCCCUCCUUCUUUGCUUCCCUUGUGUUUCACUUUUGUGUUUCACUGGUUCUUCUUUUUCCGUCUCUUGCGGUUGACAAUACAGCCCUGUUAUUCCCAAA